AUGGUUGAGGAUUACUAUAAGAUUCUAGAAGUUGAUUACGACGCAACUGAGGAAUUGAUCAGACUGAAUUAUCGGAAGCUUGCAUUGAAGUGGCAUCCUGAUAAGCACAAAGGCGAUAGUGCAGCUACAGAAAAAUUUCAAGAGAUAAAUGAAGCUUAUAACGUGCUGAUGGACCCUGCUACACGUUUUGAGUAUGAUUUAACCGGUAUUUAUGAGAUCCACAAGUAUACUUUACGGGAAUAUCUCGCGAGAUUUAAGGGAAUGAUACUCACUUGCAAUGGACUUGGCAUCAGCCAAUCUUCAUCACCAUGUAGCUCGUCUUCAUCGGAAAAACUUUUGACUGCAGGACACAUCAAUUGUCUGAGACCACCAACAAAACAACGGAUUAGCAAAGGAUACUGUAUAAACCGAAAGCAGAAGUUAAGAGCAGAACUACACUUCCCCGUCUCACCGGCUUUUAACAAGACUUCGAGACAUGGAAAAUGA